UGUGAUCGGUCUUAGCACAUUCCUGCUGUUUCCAUCGCUGCUAACAGUGAAUAGCCGUCAGCGGUUACCCCAGCGUUCAACGCCACUUUUACACAUCAGGACCAGAUAUGUCUCACACAAUUCUGCUGGUGCAGCCCACUAAGAGACCGGAAGGUAGAACAUAUGCAGAUUAUGAAUCUGUCAACGAAUGUAUGGAAGGAGUGUGUAAGAUGUAUGAAGAGCAUCUGAAGAGGAUGAAUCCCAACAGUCCCUCCAUCACAUACGACAUAAGCCAGUUAUUCGACUUUGUUGAUGAUCUUGCUGAUCUCAGCUGUCUUGUGUACAGAGCGGACACACAAACCUACCAGCCUUACAACAAAGACUGGAUCAAAGAAAAGAUCUAUGUGCUGCUGAGGCGUCAAGCCCAGCAGGCUGGAAAAUAAAGAGUGCAAACGGUGGAAUUAUUGAACUAGUCCCCAACUACGCUUCAUCACAGGACAGACGUGACUGAAAUGAACAGUGAAUUGAUGCCAAUUGGUUCAGAUUUUGUUGAAUGCAUGUCCGUUGAGUCAUUAUGUCAAAAGCAUAGAGUGAAAAUAUUUUGCAUUUUAAAUCACAUUUUUGUAACUUUUGGAGUUCGGGACUUGGGUUAUUUAUCGGACUAGUGGGUAAUAUUGGGGAAAGAAAAGUUUUAGGAGUUUUUUUUGUUGUUGUUGCUCCCAAUCCCUCCCAAUUAAUGAUGUUUUAUAUUGUGGUUUUUGUUUUUCUUUAGUAAAGUAUAACAUUUACACAUUUCAGAUGUUGUUGAGAUGGUUCUGAGUCAUUCUUCUACCCCAACUUUUGUCAUCCGUGUUGUUAAAGGUUUUGUUGGCCCUUUCUGAUUUGUGCAUCCAGUAGUAAAAACUGGAAAACAAUAAAAUUCUUCUCACAAAA